GAUUUACUUGUAAGUAAUGAUGGAAGAAAUUAAUCAAAGAUGAGAGAGGAUACCUUUUAAAAUGAAAAAAGAAAAUACUCUUUACCCUUAGUUUCAUAAUGCAUGCUAGUUAGGCUUGCUUUCUUUCUUUUUUCACAUUUGUACUUUGUAGUCUUCAGGUGCAGGAACUGAAUGUGUGAUGAGAUGUGGGGAGGUGCAAAUGGAAGCACUCUUCUUAGAGAAACAACAAGAAUGAGAAGUUAACUAUGACGAACAAUACAGAAAAUGCUCAAGGAAUGCUGGGGAAAGUUCCAGUAAAGAUGGUGGCCGAAGAGGAAAUAUCUUUUCUAGUGUCCCCAGGGAAAUAUUAUUCCCUUUUGUUUCCUUGAGUUUCUGUCCAGUUCCACCUUUUUCAUAAAAUGAAAAUCAAACCCAUUUUUUGCCUAGGAAACAUGUUUCCUGCUUUGUAGAUGGUUUCCUGCAACUAAGGUGCAGCGUCACUUCAUUCCUCUUUAAACUUUUAAGGACCAAACUUUUGAUCAGGAGAUACCAAUGUUGGCUUUCUUCAUGCCCAUUUAAAGGAUGGAGCUGCUAUCAUGUUUCACUUUUGGGGUUGCGUAACUUAUGAUUGGGAUCAUGACCCACAAUUCAAAUUUAUGAGUGCUGCACAAUGAUUCACCCAGUAAUCAGGAAUGCUUUCACACACUUCUAUGUUUUAUAAUAUAUUGGACUUACAAAAUCCGAGGUGGGCCCCAAAUUUAUCAUCCAAUUUUCUUGAGGACAUAUUAAGAAAGUGUUUGGCUUAUUACAAUCUGGACUUGCAUAGGUACAGUGAUUCAUGCCAUUUCAGUCUUUUUUCAUGGCGGAUCUUCUGCUUGGUGAUGCAAAGGACUCCCUACAUGUGGGGCGUUGGUUUAGUGAUCCAAACCGUUAAUCUGAUGGAUUCCUGUGUGGGUGGGAAAUGUACUUAUAAGCUCUGAUAUCAGAUGAUCAUAACCCGUAGUUGCCAUGGAUUUCUUUUUUUUUUUCUUGUUUGUUUGUUUUUUUUUUUUUUUUCACUAUGGAUGAUAUUGACUUCAUGGAAAUGUAGAAAGGAAAAAUUCUGGAAAAUACAUGCAGUUCUAGGGCAUGGUCCAUGCAUGACAAAAGCCCAUAGAACCUAUGGUUUGUUUUGUUUUUAGACUCUAGUCAUUUUGAUGAUUUGAUAUGCUUUAUUUAGAUCCUCAAGGAUCCCAAACAGAUCUACCUCCUAAUCCAAUGAGUUCUUUUCCAAUGGCCCUUUUUUUUUAUAAUGAUUUUCUAGAGGGAUACUUGUGUCACAGCAGAAAUGGUUAUAUUUGAAGCUGCAAGAGAAAUAACGGAGCUGAGUGGAGCGACCAAUCUGUCACUGUUAGUAUUGGGUAGUAUAGAUGCUGAAUAUUUCUUUGAUUUCUUUGUUUUUUCAAUAGUACUACUGAUGUGUGUUCUGAAGUAACCACAGUUUUCAAAUAUGAUACCUGGAUCCAAAGAAAAUGGGAUUCAAACCUGAAUUCCUUAAUCAUGUUUGGAACUGGGUAUGCUGUUUGGAACUAAUUGUUGUUUGGAAGACCAUAUGGUUAUUUCAAACGCAUGUUUUGCUGCAUUUAAGUAGUAGUUAGAAAUUUGUUACUUUAUAGUUAUUAAUCACUUAAAGUGAAAGAAGCUUUGCUUCAAACUGGUCAAUCUGUAAUUGUCAAUUAAUCUUGAUUGAAGGAACUGAUUGAUUAAUAUUUGCAGCUGAGCAUAUUUCUCUUAUUGGUAAAUUGGACAAAGCACAAAACAGUUUUCUGCAUAUAGUUUCUUGUUUCUACUCUUCACUGUAUGUGGUCUUAAUCUGUUGUCAAUGACAUUCAAGAACUUGAAGUAGGAUUCAAGCUUGAGCUUGGUUCUUUGAAGUAUUUCAAUAGUUUGUCACGUGGACGUGAAAUAGCUCCUUGCCAGUACAAUACAUAAGUGCCCAAUUUUGGAGUUCAGAACAAUACAUAUUAAUUUUCUUUGUUAAACAAUCUUUAGAAUCUUUUUAUGGAAAUCUGUACCCAUGCAUUGUUGGGGAAACUGAAAAAACUUUGUAUUCUAUGAUUGCAUUGAAAAGCACAGUGGAAAGGAAAUGGCUUGUUCUACACUAGGGUUUCCUCUGCUAGAAUACUUGCAUUCUAAAGGAGUGGAGAGUAGAGGAAGUAUCGAUGCCAAGCCCUUCACAUUUGUGGAUUGACGGAUGCUCUGAUCUGAAGAUGCUUACAGAAGGAUGACAAGAAAUUGGAUUUGUGGAGCAUGCAUCUAGAAUUCGAAGCCAUGUUUCGAGAAGAUGAAGGACAGAUUGGCAUAAGAUUCAACUUAUAUUCUUCAGUGACCUAUGCGAUUAUUAAGAUGUGGUGGCGUUGAAUUCAUCACUUGCAUUUCCUCUACCUGUGGACCUUUCAGAAGAACAGAUCAACUUCCUUUCUAAUAGCAAGGACCACAAUGCACAGGAAAAGGCACAACCAAUCCUCCCAGUCUUAUUCUGCGAAAAAGAUCAGAUCUAGAGCUACCUGCGGACAUGGUCAUCACCGGUGAAGAGAAUAGAAGAAAUCUGAGGAGGCACUUGAAGUGAGAAAAUGCAGUUGAUAGUUUCAGGGCCGGAAAGAUGUGGGUUUUAAUUGCCACAGAUGUUAUUGCUCAGGGUAUGGACUUUAAGGGCAUCAACUGCGUAAUAAAUUACGAUUUCCCUGAAUCAACAGCAGCUUAUAUUCACCGGAUUGCUCUUGCUGACAAGAAUGUUUUAACGGGUGCUCCACUUCCAAGAGGUCAGGUGCUUGCUAAAAAGGUGGUUGAACCCAAUGGUGAUCACAUAGAGGAUAAACCACACAACAUCCACUUUCUGCAAGAAGUUCUGCAACACCAAAGGUCAGAUCACUUAGAAUGGGAUGGUGUGAGUGAAGGUGAGUUCAAUCAAAAUUUGCUUUAUGAGUUGGAUGCCAUUAGGAAGGAUUUAGCUACCUUGGAGCAGCAACCAAGCUGCACAUUGUCCCUAGAAACAUCCCUUUCAAAGCAGAAUGUAUAUUCUGUAAAAUCAAGAGGGUGGUUUGGUCUUCGAUGAUGUAGUAGUUUAUAUGUGGCAGAGUAUUGCUACUAACGGUGAAACCAGGUAGAAAUUUGUCAACUGUAAGAUCUCAUGCCCCUUUUUAUAUUUCUUUUUUGAAGUAAGUCACAUCAUUGAGUGGGCCCCUCCUUUCAUUGACUUGUACGAGAAGGAACACAUUUUUAUUGGGCCAUUGAAAGUCAUAGGAUAUGUUAUCCAAAUCAUAGAAAAUUGUUGAAAUUUAAUUAAUUUAUUUUUAUUAUUUUGUCUUGCAGGUUGCAGGUAGAGACAAAUAAUGACUAGAUGGAGGGAUUUUUUUUUUAUAUGUAUUCAGAACAUUUUCAACAUAUUAGUGUAAAAUUAUACAAUUUUCAUUGUAAUGUAAUACAAUUUAUUUAGUAUUCAUUUUUAAUUGUGUUGUGCAACAUAUUUUAG